GCCGAGCUCAUCUGGAUUCCCACUAUGGCCUGGGCCCCUCUGCUCCUCACGCUGCUCACUUACUACUCAGGGGUCAGUUCACAGCCUGUGGUGACUCAGGAGCCCUCAAAGUCAGUGACCCCAGGAGGGACUGUCAGUCUGUCCUGCAGUCUGAGCACUGGAGCCAUCACUACCGGCAACUAUCCAGGCUGGUUCCAGCAGAAACCAGGCUCUGCUCCUCGGCUGCUUAUAUACCAAACUAACAACAGAGUGUCCGGUAUCCCGACCCGGUUCUCUGGGUCCAUAUCCAGUAACAACGCUGUCCUGACCAUCACCGAUGUCCAAGCAGAGGAUGAGGCUGACUAUUACUGUUUGAUAUAUACUGGUAGCAGUGGUAGUAGGUCUCACAGGGUCAGUUCGCAGCCCAUGAUGACUCAGGAGCCCUCAGAGUCAGUGACCCCAGGAGUGACUGUCACUCUGUCCUGCAGCCUGAGCACUGGAGCCAUCACCAGCAGCAACUAUCCCUCCUGGUUCCAGCAGAAACUAGGCUCAGCUCCUCAGCUGCUUAUAUCCUACACUAAUACCAGACCCUCCUGGAUCCCAGCCCUGUUCUCUGGGUUCAUAUCCGGUAACAACGCUGCCCUGACCAUCACCAGUGUCCAGGCAAAGGAUGAGGCCGACUAUUACUGUGCUGUGUAUACGGAGCUAACCCAGAACAGUCUGAUUGCUGAGGAGCAGGUUCUGCUGGUCACUUUCUGUCGAUUCGGAGGGUCACAGCCACAGACCCGUUUGCCUCAGGAAACCGAGAUCGUCUGGAUUCCCACUAUGGCCUGGGCUCCUCUGCUCCUCACACUGCUCACUUACUGCUCUGGUUCCUUCUCCCAGUUUACUCUGACUCAGCCGCCCUUAGUAUCGGUGUCCAUUGGCCACACAGUUAAACUCUCCUGCGCCAUUAGCAGUGGAUACACAUUUGGAAGUGUUACGUGGUUCCAGCAGAAAGAUGGGAACAGCCCAAGAUACCUUCUGACGUACAACAAAGACUCUGACAAACACCAGGGCUCUGGGGUCCCCAGUCGCUUUGCUGGUUCCAAAGACACCUCUAAUACAAUCGGCUAUUUGACCAUCACCAGCGUCCAAGCAGAGGAUGAAGCUGAUUAUUACUGUGCUGCACAUGCUAGUGGUGCUGCACAGCGAUACAAUGAAGUGGGGAACUGA